CGUCCCGUUGCUUGCUCCAGCGAUUUUGAUUUCUCCCGUUCAAAUUUGAAUCGCCACCGCACCGGCCCGGUCGCCUUUACGGAACCCGGUGCCCCUCUCACCAUCUCGUAGCCGCAGCCCGCGGCCGCGCCUCCAUUUAUUAAUCCCGUUUUCCACGAGAGCAGAGCAGAGAGAGUGGAGCGGUGGACUGACCCGGGGAGGAGACUCCUUUUCUCUUUCUCGCGCCGCUGUGCCGCCUGCUUCUUGCCUGCCCGCCUUUCCACCACACCCGUCCCUCUCCUUCGUGCUCCUCCCCUCUCCUCUCAUCCAUCCCAGGACGACGCGCUGCAGACGGCGAGGCCAGCCAGAGGCCGGGCGGGGCAACGGGCGCCGGCCAUGCCGAGAUCCAGGGGGUCCGAGCUGCCGCAGCGGCCGUCGCCGCGCGCGCCGCUGCACCUCAAGACCACGGCCUCCUCCGAGGCCAAUGGCGCGCACCACCGCCUCCUCGUCGACCGGAGCAGCCCCAAGGUCGCCGACCGGCACUCGCCGCGCAGCCCGCUGCCCGAGAAGAAGCGCGCGGGGACCCGGGUGGCGGAGCUGGAGACCAAGCUGGGGAAGGUGCAGGACGAGCUCAAGAAGCUGCGGGAGCAGCUCGUCUCCGCGGAGGCCGCCAAGAAGGACGCGCAGGUCGCGCUCGAGGAAGCCAAGAAGCAUGUCGGCACCAAGGGGAGCCCCAAGCCGGCGGCGUCUCCUCCCUCCCCCGCUCCUCUACCGGUCGAAGACGAGAAGAAAACUGAGGAGGUGAAGGUCGUUGAAGAACCGGCGGCCGAGGAGGAGGAGGAGGACAGCAGCAUAAACUCCCCGGCGACCGAUGUGUUUGAGGUCGUCCGGACCGAGUCGGGCGACAAGGAGAACCAGAGCGCGCUCGUCGCCGAGGACAGCGAGGAGGUGAGCUGCGGAGACAAGGCGGCGCUGGCCGAGGAGGAUGUGGAGGUGGAGGAGACCAAGACCAUGAUUGAGGAGGAUAGCAAGGACUCCGCGGCCGCCAUUGGCGCCGGUGAAAAGGAGAACCCGGAGGUCGUGGAGCUCAAGGCCCAGCUGAUGGCCAAGGAGAUGGAAGUCGCCGUCCUCACGGCCGACAAUGCGGAGCUCAAGAAGCAGGCCGACGAGGCCGCGGCGGCGGUCAAGAGGGCCGACGAGGAGGCUGUGGCCAAGGCUUUCCUCAUCGAACAGGAGCUCAAGGAGAACGCGGCGCGGGAGGCCCGGAUGGGCGAGCAGCUGAGGGCAUCCGAGGCCGCGCGCGAGGCGCUGGACGCCGAGAUGCGGCGCCUGCGCGUGCAGACCGAGCAGUGGCGCAAGGCGGCCGAGGCAGCCGCCGCGGUGAUCGGCGGGGACGCCCAUCUCGUCGGUCACCACGGCCUUGCCGGCAAUGGCAACGGGUGGGGGUCCCCGGCGACGAUGCCGGACGACGGCGACGACGAGGGGUUCGGCAGCAAGCGGAAGGGCGCCGGCAUCCGGAUGCUCGGCGACCUGUGGAAGAAGAAGGGCAACAAGUGAAGUGAAGGUGACAACCAGAGUGGCAUAUCUAUAUAUGCCCAACGCUCGUCUCUCUCGGGUCACAGAUCCACAGUUCGCGACUGCGAGCUAGCUCAGCUCGCGCUCUAGCUCAUGCUUGGAUCAUGCACUGAUGUUUACUGCAUUUUGGUUCGGAUUUCACUUAUGUUUGUAUGAUGAUGAGAUGAUGUUCGUGAGAUUAA